GCCGAGCUGAACAAGAACCGCGACUGCGUUUUGGAUACCUGCAGUCCACACUGCUUCUCCGACGGAGGCUCGGUACUCUGAGCCCUAACAGGAUUUUUUUCGUCUUUCCUUCUGUUGUCGGACAUCACCCAAACCGGCCCAACAAAAUACUGUGAUGAUGGGAAGUGUCACGCGGUUCCUCAAGGCCUUUCCAUGGAUCCCAUCUCGCUUCUCACCACUGUGAUAUCGACGACCUCCUUCCUACUGACUUGGAUAGAUCAACACCAAUCCAAAGGAAAGGUAUUUCGCGACUUGCGCACGACCCUCGAUAACGUCUGUAGUGGUGUCCUAUUACCUUUAUCAUUAGUCGGCACCAAUGGGGGUUCUCUUGAGCCCAGCAUUGUGGGCUGCUUACAGACGGUUCAAGAAGUACUCUUACGGACACGAGACCACCUGGUCGUGUGGGAGGAUAGCCGCAAAAUCAAAAGCGGAAAGAAGCUAUGGGCGUUUCUAAAUCCCGCUGUGGUGCUGGAUGAGUUGAAGGACGACAAGGCUCAGCUUGUGUCCAGCGUGCAAAUACUGUCGGCUGCUAUUCAAAUCUCAUCUUUUAUACGUCAACCGCCGAACACGCUGAGCCUUCCUGGGGAAUCAUCACGGUCACUCAUCUCUAGUUCGGAUAAUUUGGAGAUAGCUUCGAACGGGGAUGUCAAAGAUUUUUGGACGACUGAAAUUGGGGUCGAGGCUUUGUACUGCUCUGCUGAAUUCCUACAUACUGCCCUUAGUCGCUACCUUGACAAAACAUUAACGCCGGAAGCAAAGGAAAUUCUUUCUCUUCGGCUGGAUGAGUAUGGAGUAGGAUGCACUACCUUAGCGAGUCUUGAUCGCUUUGUUGGGCAUCGUCCAUUAUUAGAUGCACUCAUGACUCUCGGUGUCAUCCAAGUCGACGAAUCCCCAGGGUCUAGUAUGGAAAACGUCGACCCUGCUUCCAUCAAACCUAUCUUGAUCAUGGUUGACGAUGAGCCGGAAAAUCAUCAGUAUACGAUCGAUUUAGUCCGAUCAUAUAACGUCGAUCUUUUCGUUUUCACAUCGACAGCGUCGGCAAAAACAUGGAUAGAUGCCAAUGAGACCAUGCUAUGCAUCGCAGAUAAGUUUGGCCGCCUGCGAUGUGUAUCAGAUAAUGCUCGUUGGGAGCAAGACAACUCCAUAUCGACGGCCUCGUCAUUUGCUACCUCGGGAAUUUCCUUGAAUAUAUACGCCGGAGAAACUAUCCUACGCUACCUGCGUGGGAGACAGUAUUCCGCGCCAGUCCUCAUUGCUGCCGGAAAGAGCAUCAUGAAGACUUCAUACGUUCUCGAUUAUGCCAGGGCUGGCUCCACAUGCUACCUUGAUGUAUUAUUGGAUUUCGUCCACCCAUUUAUAGCCGACGACGGUAAGGAUGAAGAAUGGUGGCUAGACUUCAAUGUUCAGCCCAGAGACUGCACCAAGCCGCUGUUACUUUGGGUCGGAGACUCGGGUUCAGAUUCUCUUCCCAUAUCUGGGCAGUCAAGCGUGCAGACUGUUGUUGUCAGAUCACUCGUAGAGGCUCAAGAAGAGAUAAAAAAGAACAGAAGUGAGGUGAUGUACUUCGUUCCACUUCUACCGAGCUCUAAUUUUGUGGUGUAAGAUAUUUAUCGUCGACUGGGAAAGGCACAUAUGCUCCGAGUGGUG